UUCAGCGAUCAGUGCAUGAAAAACAUCCUCUCGUUCGUAUCACCCAUAUCACCACCCACUUUUUAUGCUGCUCCUCGACGAAAAAUGGCAGCAUAAUGUUAGCAGGUCAUAGUGAAAUGUGUUUUAAUUAGACAAAAAUCGAUAAAUCAUCCCAAUAGUGCACUAGACGAAACAAUCUAAAAUCACUGCCUCUAGGCCGGAGGACAGCACUGCACAUAAUUCAAAAGUCAUGGAAAGUAAAAGUUCUUCCACGGAAUCUUCUAACCCGGAGAAAGAGGGCAAGAGUAACCUGAACUUGUCCGCCGAUGAACUCAAGGAACAGGGUAAUAAAUGCGUUAAAGCCGGGAACUUCACCGAGGCAAUUUUGCACUACACGCACGCUAUCAAAUUGAAUCCGAACGAUGCAAUUCUGUACAGUAAUCGAUCGCUGGCAUUUCUGAAAAUGCAGCAAUACUACUAUGCCAAUGAGGAUGCGGACCGAGCGAUAGCACUCAAUCCGACCUGGGCGAAGGGAUACUACCGAAAGGCGGAGGUUCACAUCGGAGUAGGACAGUAUGACACAGCACUAUUGUCAUAUGGAAAAGCUUUACAGUUGCAACCGCAGGACAUGGGGAUCAUACAAGCCGCUAGGAAAGCAGCAGAACUUAGCAACCAGGACGUUGAGAAGGAAAAACGAACGCCUGCGAUGGGAGCGGGCAUCGGUUGCAUAGUGGGGAUGUGUAUCGUAUUUGCCGAUAUGUUACUAACGGAGACACCUGCUAUUAAGCACACUUCCUUGAUGGUGUUCGUUGUGCUUGUGGUAGCAGCGAUUGGGUUCGGAAUAGCCAAACUUAUACGUUAUUACACUAAACUUCAGCGAAAAGGGUUAUUAGAACCACCGGUAAACCUAUUGGAAGAUUUUCAGUCAACCAAAGACGAAGACAUGGAAAACGGAGACAUUGGUGGAAGCGAACCAAAGCCACCCAGAAAUCGGUACUCUAAGGCUCAAGCCAGACAGCGUUUUAAAAAGGGUAAAACAUAAUCCUCAUCAAAUAUAACAUUGCAAACUGAUGAAUAAAACCUAGUCCCGUGCUGCUUGACCUCGGACGAAUGUACCGCAGGGAAGAACCAUCUAAGAAUAAGUAGAAAACUAUUAUAUCAACGCUGUUUUUUUUCUAUGGCACUACGGAAACACUAGGUAAAUGAUAUCCAUAGUACAUUUAUUCAUUCUAACGGAUAAGAAUGUGAACCAGAAUGUAAGCGAGAGCCUUUCCUCUAACUAUAUCCAAUUGGUGCUGUCUAUUACUACCAUCAUUGAGUCUUAAUUUUUAUCGACUAACUUAUAACCAAUUCCAAGCACCUGCGAAAAAUGUACUUAUAGGUAUACCUUUUCAUCCAGAAAUGUUACGUGUUUCGCAAAAUUGAGUGGGCUAUCGUGAGGUUACCAAUAGCACAGUGAGGGCAUUUUAAAUGAACGCAUCAUUCUUGAAUAAAAUGAUAACAAAAAAAUUGAUACAUAUAA